CCCGGGAACCUCCGCAUCACGUGACUCACCCGGCGCCUCGUGCGCAGCCCUGCUCUCCGAAUCAAAAUGGCGGCGCCGCAUGGCGUAAAACUGAAGGAUUUAAAGUGUGAUUUGACGGACCAUACCGCGGCACUGGCGCACCAGGACUCUCAGGUUGAAUUUGGGAAACACGAUGUUCCCGUCUUUGAGCUGGACAUGGGCAGGAUCUCCGAUGCUCUUCACGGAAGCCUGGAUCCGUCCAUUUUGUCCAUCUUUCAGGAGAAGCCGUCGACGGACAGCGCGGAGAGCGAGGCGUCGCUGCUGACCGCUCUGACCGAGAUGUUGGACAGCGUAGACGUAGAGACGCUGUCUCCGUUCGACACGCUGCCGGACUCGGAGAUCUUCUCGGCUCGGAAGGGUUCGGAUCACACGCUCAGGAAUCUGCUUCAUCUGAGUCCAUCAUCACCGGAGCGGUCCAGAAUCUCUCAAUCGCCAGCCGUAAAGCCAGGAAGAGAGGUCAUGAUGUCAGACAGACAGCUGAGACCCCGUCGUUGUUCAGGCACGCAGAGCGAUAUUUCACGGCGCGGCGACGACGAGAAGAAGAUCCGGUCUCGGAGAACGUUCCGGAUCGAAUCCGAGCCGAUGUUAUUCCAGCAGGACAGCCGGGAAUUACUUGCAGAUUUAGUGAGACACAUGCAUCCGUACUGCAUCAGGACACACCUGGAGAAAGAGACCAGUGCGUCCGCGGAGGAGGAAGAGGAGGAGGAGGAGUUUGUGGAUGUAGAAGGUUACGAGGAACAGGACGAGAACAUUCUGGACCAAUCAGGAGAAGACUUGAAUCCAAAACCGGAACCAAAUACAUGCCAGAAAGAAAAUGUCGCAUCUUCAGACCAAAACGUGAAGACGAUGCCUAAACGCAGCGCUUUAGUCCAAGACAGCCAAGCACGGCGGGGGAAGAAAACAGUGACUUUCGCGAUAAAUUUAAUCUCCGUUCACGAGAUUCCGCCUGACGACGAGGAGUUUUCUGAAUCCGCAUCCUCUAAAAACGACAUCCCUUCCCCUCAGAAGCCCAAAGCACUCAGUCUAGACCAGUACCGUCUCCUCAGACAGAAGCAGCAACCUCUGGAAGAGAAACGGAUGGACUUUCAAACCAAAUGGCCUUCGCUUCCUGACCUUCCCAAGGAGCUUCCGCCAAUCCUCCCGGAUUUGUUCGCACCAAAGCUGAGUCCAAACACACCUUCUGUUAAAGUGAAAGCACCUCCGUGCCAGAUCUCUCGGAAAGAGGCUAGAAAGGCGGUAGACCCUCCAAACCCGGUUUUAGUGCCCUUGAAACCCACGGGACACAUAAGGUCGGCCUCAGAAGCGCUCGGGUCAGAACCAGGCGCUUGUGGUCCUUGUGAAGAGCUUGGGGUCUCUGAGGUCAAACCUGAAGCUUCAGAAAAGCCACAGAACCAGACGACGAGCGGAGAGAUCGGAAUUGAAGCUGCUGAUCUGACCAGCCUUUUGGAGCAGUUUGAGACUCAAGCCUCUGAAGGGCAGAUGCUUCCAGAAGUCUCUCCGGACGAGCCUCAGGAUCGAUGGACACAUCGUGUGACGGACCUCAGCAGCACUGCAGGAUUAACUCCACCUGCCACACCUCCUCAUCAGAUCUGGAGGCCCCUGGCGUCGGUCAAAGGGACCAAACCUGAAUCCAUCAAGCCGUCGCUCAGCAAAACCAUUCAGAUUAUCGAACCUCGGCCAAUGCCACGCAGUAAAACUCAUUCGAAACCCUCGCCUCCCACCUUCACUCCCGUGUUGAAUCCCGCUCAAGCGCUCCUGGACCAUGACUACUGCGGGAUUCAGGGCAGGACAAACACAAACUCACGCUGUGAUUAUAGGAUGCUGUCCGGUUCAGUGCUGCUGUCACCGGACAGAUCCCCCAGCAGUAUGGAGGCAUUUGAGGAGGCGGAGUCUCUGAGGGGGCGGGGCUUGCACUUCUCCUCCCGCUCUCCAAGCCCAUUGGACCGCGGCAGGGUGAAGAGGCGGGGCUAUGAUAGCAGAUACCGGCGCUCCAGCUCGAGGUCUUGCUCCUCGUGUUCUUCGUCGUCUUCAUCAUCUUCUCGUUCCAGGUCUCGUUCACCGCUCACGAAAAGUUACAGGUCCAGACAUUCUGGAAGCAGCUCCUCGUCUCGUUCCAGUUCACGGUCGUCUUCUCGUUCUCCUCCUCGCAAGCGUGGACGCCGCUGCUCCAGAUCACGGUCCAGAUCAUCGCAUCGCUCUCGUUCGGGGUCUCGUUCGCCUGAUCCGGACUGGAGAGAGUCUCGCUGCAGAUGGAUGAGCCGCAGACAGAAGGAGCUUGUACGAAGACACGAAGAGGCUCGUAAACUCCGCCAGCAGAAGGCCAUCGAGGAGCGCAGGGUGGUGUACGUGGGAGGAAUCCGGAGAAGCAUGUCUCCGUCGGACCUCAGAGAUCGAUUCUCACUGUUUGGGAAGGUGGAGGAUUGCACAGUCCACCUCAGGAGUCACGGAGACAACUACGGCUUCAUCACGUAUUAUAACACCGACGACGCUUACGCUGCGAUUGAGAACGGCAGUAAACUGAGGCGCCCCGACGAGCUUCCCUUCGACAUCUGCUUCGGCGGCAGGCGACAGUUUUGCAAAUCCAACUAUGCAGAUUUAGACUCUAACCGGGACGUCGGUCCAGCGUCCAGGAGCCAAUGCGAGUCGUUCGACUUCGACACGCUACUAAAACAGGCUCAGAGAGGACUGAACAGCUAGCAGCACACAAGAUAAACAUCGUAAAUCAGCAUUACCUCAGAGCACUGAUAACCAGAAACUGACUUCACUGGUGACCAGCUUAAACGGCCAGUUCAGCGGUUACAAUAAAAGCAGGUUCACACGGGUUUCAAAGAGGAUCCUGGGUUAAGUUCAAGUAAAGCCCUAUCGACAUCAUCUGUAAGCUGCUGGAAAUGAUGCUGAUGUAAAUGCACUUAACAUCGGAGGCCUGAGAAUCACACGCCCUACGGAUGGUGUCCAGCGAGCUGCGCUUGACUUUGACCUGGAAGAACUGUUAUCGUUCAUCAGGGUCAGCUCUUUUUUUUUUACUUGACAGUUACAGCUUCCUUUGAAGUACUUUUUGCUCGUUAAAUUUUGUACAUAGGAAUGGGAUGGCAUUAAAAGAUGAAAUGGUUUGAAUGGUUACUGCUUUGUCUUUUAUAGUAUAUAUAUAUAGAAUGAAUUUUUCUUUGUUUGUUUUUUUGAAGUAAUACCAAAAACAUGUUUCUGUUUUUCAGUUGGAAUGACGACUCUUUACCUGAAUAAAAAGGUUUAUGUACUAA